AUGCCAGCUCCUCAAGAACCCCAGCAGCAGGCUCCAAUGGAGAUGACCUCGACCUCUGGCAUCGUCACUCAACAGCCCACCGCCGAGCCUCAGCCCGAUAUGUCCCUCCGAGGCGGGGAGGAAGCAGGGUUCCAAGCCCCGAGUCCACCUCCUUCCCCAACACCAACCGUUUGGCCUGGAGGACGUCGGAACCCGUCAAAGUUGUCUCUCCUCCACUUGAAUCAGCUAUCUUCUCCACCACUCACUGAACCCGAGGAACCCAAGGAGCGCAAAAAAAGCAUUGCAUUUGAUCUUAGCCGUAGUCAUAUUUCUGAUAAGAGUCUGGGUAGCCGCCCCAAUGUCAACACCCAGAAAACAAAUAACCACACCUGGCGUGCAUUGAACGCAGAAGAGGACCAGAGGCUUUCAGGCUCCUCUAUAUCCGGCGGCAAGGGAAAGUCCAAGGCGAAAUCGGCUGUAAAAACCAAGGCAGUAUUACGGGUUAAAACUCCCCCAGGCGAGGCAGAAGACGAGUGUAAGGAUGUGCCCGAUGACAACCAAGAGGUGGAACAAGAGGAAGGUGAACAAGACAAGGGAAAGGGAAUGGCUACGGACGAUCUCGGGCAUGAUGAUGAACCUCGCUUAGAUGAUAGAACUGUACAUGAGCAACGAAUUGUACCAAUCAGACUAAAAUCAUCAAUACCUUCAAUAUGUCACACAAUUCAUGAGGACCCUAAGGAGGAAUAG